UUUAAUUAUAAGUACUCAUCAACACCUCAUUCUCUCAAAAACAACCUUAUUCUCUAAAACAAAAAUAUAACAGAACACAGUAGUGAUGUGAUGACUAUGUAAAGUAAUGCAAUCAUUGAUCUCAUUUUCAUUCUCACUCACGCAACAAUAACAACCAUGACCGAUCCCACCACCACCACCGUCAUCACCAACGACGAUGGAACAAAAUCAUCAAUUUCAAAACCACCUAGACCCAAACGAAGAAUAUGUUUCUCAUUCACAACAUACGCUAACAACCUAAUACAACGUCUCAAAUCCUCCAACGUUAUCAUUGAAAAAGGACUCUCCGACACUGAAUUUUCAUUUCUCGAAUCAAAACUCAACAUAACUUUCCCACCUGAUCUUCGUGCAAUUCUACAACAGGGUCUUCCAGUCUCUUUAGGCUUUCCGAAUUGGCGUUCAUCCUCUCAUCAACAGCUUCAGAUUCUUCUCAACCUUCCAGUAUCUUCGAUUCUCCGUUGUGUUUCGGAUAACCGCUUCUGGCAUCCAUCGUGGGGUCCACUACCGGAAGACCCGUUAAGUUCCGCAGAAAGGAUUUUGAAUGGUGCACCAAGGCUUAUUCCUGUGUAUCGACAUUGUUAUAUAGUUUCGUCUCCUAACGCUGCUGGGAAUCCGGUUUUUUACGUUGAUCAUGGUGGUGAUGUUAGACUAGCGAGCUUCGAUGUUGUUGGGUUUUUUCGUGAUGCUGGGUUUUUAAACAGGAUUGAGGAAGUGGAGGAUCCGGUUUGGGCGGCGACGAAGGCGAGGAGUAUUCAGGUUUGGUCGGAGGUGGCGGAUGGGAGAGGGGAGAGAAAAUGGAAGUGGUGGUGGGAUGACCGGAGAGACGAAUUGAGUGGGUGUAUGGAUUGGGUGUUACGGAGGUUGAGGGAAGGUGGGUGGAAAGAGGAAGAGAUACAUGAGAUGAUGAAUGAGGAUGAAGAAGAAAAGGAGAAGCGUGCGCCGCACAUGAGUGUUUUGGGGUUGAAGUUAUUAGGUGCUGGAUGGAGUAGAGAAGAUGUAGUGUACUCGCUUGGGGUUGAUUUGAAAGAAGCCGCCAACGCCUCCAUCAUUGAUGUCGGUGUCAAUAUGAAUCAUCAGUGAGCGUGCGUCAUAGUGGUGACUUAUUUUGUCACCUUCGUUGCCUUUGCGAUUUAUGUAGAUAGAUCUUAAAUUACUAAGAGAUCCCCUUGGUGAUUAAUUUUUUUUAAAAAGUAGUAGUAGAAUAAUACAAAGAUAUGAUAUUAGUUUUUUUAAACAAAACAAAAUUGUGGAGCAAAUGGAUUGGAAUUUUUCUAUUUUGUUACAAAAUGGAUUGGAAUUUUUCUA